AAGGAAAAGGGCUCCCGCUUUUGAACAAGUGGAAAGUGCCGAUUCAUUUUCAACAUGGCGACACUAGAAGAUAAAGCUAUUUGGGAUGAUGGAGAGGAAUCUCUUGGGGAGGAGGUAUUGCGCAUGUCGACAGAUGAAAUUGUCAGCAGAACACGUCUGUUGGAUAACGAGAUUAAGAUCAUGAAAUCUGAAAUCAUGCGGAUCUCUCAUGAGCUCCAGGCUCAGAAGGAGAAGAUCAAAGAAAACAAUGAGAAGAUCAAGGUCAACAAAACGCUUCCCUACCUUGUCUCAAAUGUCAUCGAGCUGUUGGACAUGGACCCUCACGACCAGGAGGAGGAGGAUGGGGCUAACAUAGACUUGGACUCGCAACGCAAGGGCAAGUGUGCUGUCAUCAAGACAUCCACCAGACAGACCUACUUUCUACCUGUUAUUGGCCUCGUAGAUGCUGAGAAACUCAAGCCAGCUGAUCUAGUGGGAGUAAACAAGGACUCCUAUCUCAUACUGGAGACACUUCCUCAAGAGUAUGACUCCCGAGUGAAGGCGAUGGAAGUUGACGAGCGCCCCACUGAGCAGUACAGUGACAUUGGAGGACUGGACAAACAGAUUCAAGAGUUGAUUGAAGCUGUUGUGCUGCCAAUGACCCACAAAGAUAGGUUUGAAGCACUUGGAAUACAGCCACCAAAGGGUGUCCUGUUGUAUGGGCCUCCUGGCACUGGUAAGACUCUGUUGGCCCGUGCCUGUGCCGCACAGACCAAGUCCACUUUCCUCAAGCUAGCUGGCCCUCAGCUUGUACAGAUGUUCAUCGGCGAUGGAGCUAAGCUGGUCAGGGAUGCAUUUGCUCUAGCUAAAGAGAAGGCACCAGCCAUCAUCUUUAUUGAUGAAUUAGAUGCUAUUGGUACAAAGCGUUUCGACAGUGAGAAGGCUGGUGACAGAGAAGUUCAGAGAACUAUGUUGGAGCUACUCAAUCAGAUGGAUGGCUUUAUGCCAACCAUGCAAGUCAAGGUUAUUGCUGCCACAAACCGUGUAGACAUUCUGGAUCCUGCUCUGCUGCGAUCUGGUCGUCUGGACAGGAAAAUUGAGUUCCCACACCCCAACGAGGAGGCAAGGGCCAGAAUCCUGCAAAUUCACUCCAGGAAGAUGAAUGUUAGCAAGGAUGUCAACUAUGAGGAACUUUCCCGGUGUACAGAUGACUUCAAUGGUGCCCAACUGAAAGCAGUCUGUGUAGAAGCUGGUAUGAUUGCUCUGCGUCGUGAGGCGGUGGAGUUGAGUCAUGAGGACUACAUGGAUGCUAUCAUUGAGGUGCAAGCCAAGAAGAAGGCCAACUUGCAGUACUAUGCCUAGACCUGAAUCACAUCAUUCACAGUGGAAUGUAGGACAUGGGCUGAAACAUACUAUGUAUCAUUCAGGCCAGAAUGUAACAGUCUUCAUUUCCAUUUCCUGGCUUUGGCAAAAUGUCAUUUUCUGCUUAUUCAUGAUGCAGAGUUUCAAGUAUCAUAACAAAUUUAUGUCAUAACACAUUCUGUGAUAUCCAAAAAUUGAAAUCAUACCAUUUGGUUAUCCGCCCUGAAAUGUAUGGACAUUUUGUUGUGCAUUGUCAUAUAAACUGUUCCCUGAAAACAGAGGGUAAAGCUUUCACCAGACCUAGCAUGAGUGUUCACUCUGGCUGUAGUUUGGGCCUUGGAACUGGUGUUUCACAGAUGUUAUUGAUUUGUUGUUGGCUGCCAACUUGGGACAUUAUAUUUGUUGUUAGAUUGUCACCACAAACUGAAAGUUCAUUUAUGUAAGGAAUUUAAUGUGUACAUAUUACUGCAAAGGGGCAUUCACAUGGUGCAACUAGGUGUAUACAAUUUGUUGCAUGCAACACAUUGCAUCGUGUGAACAGGCAAGUCUGUCCAACUUUUGUAUGAAAUAGGACAUGCUCUAUUUUCAUGUGACAACUUCUGUGAAUGCAGACAAUCAAAACACGUAUGAAAAAUCAUAUGAUAUUUACACAUCAAUUUGUAAACAAAAAUGGUGACUCCGAUUCACGUUGAAAACUUCUGCUUUUCGAUAUCCUAAGUGUCACCACUCAAUAAAGGACCUAACUGCAUACAGCAAAUUGUACACAACUAGUUGUACUGUGUGAAUGCCCCUUAUGGUAAGGUUGAUGCAUGACAUGUUUUCUUUUCAUAUUGAGGGUGACAAUACUUGCAGAUUGGAAGGGAAGCACAUUCAUUCUAAAAUACAUCCACACUGGCAGUCACUUGAUUCUAAAGACAGGCUUCCAUUUCUGUGCAGUAUAUGUUGGACAAGGAGGCUGCCUGUAAAGACUGCCAUUGGACAUAUUUGUGUUACUAAAUAUAUCAUGCAUAUUUUCACUUAUUGAAAUUUUAUGGAACAGAAACAUUUACAGUUGAUAAUAUAUGAUGAAGCACUGAGUGCUGUUUAAGCAAGUGGUCUUUCCUAGCAGUGAGGGAAGUGUGUACAUAAUGACUGUUGAUGUUGUGUGUAUUUUCAGUCAUUACAAUAAAGGCAGAAACAAU